AGAAAGAGUUUAGUGUUCUAAAAAAAUGAAAAAGUGAUCUUAGUGAGCUCGGAAAACCAGCAAUGAACUCCGAGACCCUCAAUGCAACUCACAACAACGCCGUCUCAACAGAGAGAAGGUUAACACGCAGCGAAAUACUCGCAAAGAAGAACGCCAAUCAACAGCUCAUCAAAGCAGCUUAUACCAAAAAGGAUCACCUCGAUUCUUUUCCCGAUUAUCGCCGCUUCGAAAUUAACGGUCUAUCAGUGUGCUUAAAGUCAGGACAUGGCACUAAACUUUCCUCUCCUGUUAAACAAUAUAUACAGAGACUUCUUAAGCUUAACAUGGAAGGGCCAUAUGGGGCUGAGUGGCAAGAGGAAGAAAAGGUGAAGCGUAUAGAAAUGGUUGAUCCCGAAGCACUCUACAUAUUUGUGCAUGAGGUUGAUAACUCAAAUGCUGAUGAGAAGACAACAUUGUUCACUGAGGAAGACCCUUCAACUAGUCGUCAAGAAGAUAGUGGUCCCUUGGUUGGGUUUGUACAUUACCGCUUUGUUUUGGAAGAAGAGGUACCGGUACUUUAUGUGUAUGAACUACAGCUCGAGUCUCGUGUCCAGGGAAAAGGAUUGGGAAAGCUUCUAAUGGAACUUAUUGAGCUUAUCGCCCAAAAGAACUGCAUGGGUGCUGUUGUGCUAACCGUUCAAAAGAUGAACCUAUCAGCUAUGAAUUUUUACACAAGUAAACUAAGAUAUAUCAUAUCAGCCACGUCACCUUCUAAAGUUUAUCCAAUGAUGGAGAAGAGUUAUGAAAUUCUUUGCAGAACAUUUAAUGAUGAAGCUAAAACUAUUUUUGAGGUAAACCACUCACUGCACCAUUAGAUUGUAACAACAAAUGAUAUCUUGGAUGUACUAAGUUUGAAAAUGAACCAGUUAAUUUUUAAUCUCCAUUAAUCUAUAACUGUUGGAUUACCCGCAUUCUUGUUGGCCCUUCUUAUCAAUACUUAAGGAUCUUCUCCUUGCAAAAUCUACUAUCUUUCUUA